CAACAGUCUCUCUCCUCUUGCACCUCAACAUGGUUCUUAAAAUUUAUGUCAUCACUGCCCUUGUGGCCCUAGUCGUCGCUGACACAUCCUACUCCCCUCCAAGUCCCUCCUACAAUGCUCCUGCCCCUGCUGGUCCUGCCCAAUAUAACUUUAAUUGGAAGGUGAGGGACGACAACUCCGGCAACGACUUCGGCCACGAUGAAGCUCGUAAUGGCUACGACACUCAGGGAUCCUAUUAUGUUCAACUUCCCGACGGUCGUCUUCAGAGGGUUACAUACACCGUGAACCGCGACUCCGGCUAUGUGGCAGAAGUUGAAUAUCAGGGUGAACCCCAAUACUCAGCCUACCAACCUGCCCCCAGCUACCAACCAGCACCUACAUACAGGCCUGCACCUACCUACACGCCCACGCCAAGCUACGCUUAAGAUAAUAACAGACUGAUAUAGGAGCUUUGCUUUGAUAAUACUCACGUUGGAUUAUGUUUAAUUUAUUAAACAAAAUAAAAUUAUCUAAGGCAUAAUCUCUUAUCAUCCUUAUUCAGAAUAAAGAAAAGACGAAAAGCAGUUAAAGAGA